UCAUAAUAAUCAUCAAUCAUGGUUUUGAUUCAACUGGCCGAUCCACCAGUAAUUUAUCUUUCACCAUCAGGAGAUACGACGGAAACUCCGGUGGUCAGAGAAAGACCGGAGGUGUUCUUCAAGUUUUUCAUUGUACAGGAAUUUCUGAAGCUUGUUCCCACGGAUGCGGGUGAAUUCGAGGGCUUAUGCCAUACUUUAGAACCUGCGUAUGAAGAGCUGUCUGUCAAGUUUGAAGAUUUCGGAUGCCAACAAACGAUGGACUCACUUGUUCUGGAAAAGCUCCGUUCCAUAAACAAUCUGCACACACAGACAUGCGAGUCUCUCCUUAAAGAUAUCUCCAGCUUUGGUUGUGAUCAUAUGCCGAGCAUUUGGCAGAUGAAGGCAAAGAGGGUGGAUUUUAUUGUACGUAUAAUGGUGGCGACGAUAGAAGUCUGUGAUGAAGAAGAGGGUUCUCCUGUUAUGAGAGAGUUAAUACAACGAUUUCAACAGGUGGGCUUAACUGAUCUGUUUGAAGAGAUAGAGGCAUACGAUGAUGAUGAUGCAUUUGAAGAGGUAGGACAUCGCAUGACACCGGCAUCAAGCGUUUCAAUCAAAGCACUGAAGAGAAAGAGGUUUGAUAUCGAAAGCGAUUUGGUUAAAACCUGCACAAUUUGUCUGGAGGACUUCUUGGAAGAGAUGGAGGUUGUGAAGUUACCUUGCUCUCAUGUCUUCCACAAGGAGUGUAUCGUUCAUUGGUUGAAGCAGAGCCAUUUGUGCCCUUUAUGCCGCUUUCAAAUGCCUGUGGACUCGACAUCACCAACUGAUUCUAGGUUAAUAUUCUUUUUCUUUCUACUUUCUUUCUUUCUUUCUUUACUUCUCUUCAAAAUUUCUCUUGGUUCGUAGAAGUCAAUCAGAAAAAGCUCUUUC